CGAAUCAAGGAACGAUCCGUUGUGCUUGCUUCUGUCUCGAUGGCCGGUGCAACUAAUCAAAUUGAGAAUCAUGUCGUCGACGGUAAUGACACCAAAGAAGCACAGGAGAAGUUGAAGUGUGAGGUGGUGGCCAAUGCUCGUCGUAAUACGAUAUUGCUGGUGAGUAUGGUGGUGAUGUUCGCUGUAGCAUGGUUACCGCAUAAUAUUGUUUCGUUGCUGAUGGAAUUCGACGAGAGAAUCUUUGAGAGGGACGAUGGUGUAAAUAUUAUUUAUCUGAUUAACUUAUUCACACAUAGGCAAGUUGUUGCGAUGACAAACAACGUCUCAAAUCCGAUUUUAUAUGCACUUCUGAAUCCGUUGUUCAUCGAGCUAAUCGCUGCAUCCGUAACUCAGUUAAGGAGUUAUCUCGUUAACGUAUGGUCAAAUCAGUCCACUCAUCACUCCUCCAAUCCACUGUGA